AUGGAAAUGCCGUACAAAGGAGAGCAGUCGAACAUCACAGGCGUCGAAGUAGGAUUUCGACUCUUCAUCUCUUCUUGGCCGUUUCUGGCACCGAUUGGAGUUGAAGUUUUGUGUUCCAACUGUAAAUUUCGCAGUAAGGACGAAAAGGCAUCACCAGGUGGAGGUUGCUUGUCCCGUGACAAAAGAGAAACAUCCGACAGAGUCUUCGAGAUGGAAGUGCGAGACUCAAACUUACCACCGGAGGAUUUAAACGAUGCACCACUACAGAAACUCCUUCCGCACAUCGCCAUUCCUUCCAGUGACAUGCAGCAGCUGUACACCAAAACUCUCGCGGAUAUGUCUAUUCCAGAUCAGAUCGAGACGCGUCCGGCCAGCAACUCGCCGCAGAAAGCCCAUUUCAGCGGCUUGUAUCAGGGAGCAGUGAAGAUCAGUUUCAGAAGAAACGAAUUAAACAAUGUUGUCCCAAGACAGCAGCUUUUUCGGAUCCACCUCUCCUACAUCAAAACACUGAUCGAAUUGGCCGCUCUUGACUAUUUUAUCCAGGUAUAA